CGAUGACGUCAGCAGAAGCGGACGCAGAAGUGUAAAACAUACGUAACAUCGGUGGUUUUCCUCGAUCACCGGGUUUAACUUCCAGCGUCACACGGCCGGAGAGCCCGAGACACACCGGGACCGUCUUCCUCAACCACCGCACAGCCGACCCCCGUGAGUAAGACCCGUCGUACCGGCUGAUGAGGCUAGCAGCGGUUAGCUUAGCUGGUGUAGCUGGUGAAGUGUUACAGCUGCUCCGGUUCAACUUUACCAACCUCGAGCUAACUACCCAAAGGCUGAAGCGUCACCUCGACUCAAGGACGGACUCUGACAUCCGCUCGGACUCAGCCUCUGCUCACCGAGCUAGCCCACGGCGAAGUGCGGGCUGGUUGGCCGCUCCGACUUCCUUGUGUCGUUCGAGGUCAUUCUACUGCGUUCGCCGGACACGCAGCCGACUAUCACCGGGACACCAGCCAUGAAGAGUCUCCCGUUCUUCUGCCGGGGAGAGGUCAUCCGAGGCUUCGGCCGAGGAAGCAAAGAACUGGGGAUUCCCACAGCUAACUUCCCUGACUCGGUGGUUGACAAUCUUCCGGCCGAUAUCAGCACAGGCAUCUACUACGGCUGGGCCUGCGUAGGUAAUGGGGAUCUCCACAAAAUGGUGAUGAGCAUUGGCUGGAAUCCGUACUACAAAAAUACCAAAAAGUCCAUGGAGACUCAUGUGAUUCACACAUUCAAAGAGGACUUUUAUGGGGAGAUUCUCAGUGUGGUCAUGGUGGGCUACAUCCGUCCGGAGAGAAGCUACGACUCUCUCGAAGCCCUCAUUGCAGCCAUCAACAACGACAUUGAGGAGGCCAAAGUCAACCUGGAGCUCCCAGAGCAUCUCAAGCUGAGAGAGGACAACUUCUUCACCAGCGCCUCCACCUCAUCUCCAGCCACAGCGUCUACGUCACAGACUAUUAUAAAUGGUCACUGACAGCUGGCUGUGACUGCAGCACUUUGCUUGUCCUCGGGCACACAAACACACACACACACACAUUUCUGUAUACACACAGGUUUGUGCAUUUGUAUUCAUUGAAAUGCACAGAACACAUUCUGAGCCUCUAUUGCCAUUUCUGCACGUAGACAUGAUCACAAACAAUCCAUUUUUUUUAAUUGUACUUUUCUUUUCCUUGUUCAGCGUUUGUUUUAAAGAGUUCAUUAUCUUCCUCUAUUGGUUUGUUGUUGACAUAAUAGAUGUUCAUUUGUAUAUAUUCACACCAUAAUUGCUGUAUGCAACUCUUGGGAUAUCACUGCUUCUGAUGUAUAUUUGGAAUCUUUUAUGUGAGAAGGUACCUUUUUAUAUAAAAAACAAAAAUGCCGUUCUUGGAUUGAUGGUAACCAGAAAAUACAAGGACAAUCUGUCUAUAAAUGUUUAUACAGAUAUGUUGACGAUAAACUCAAAUGUGAAAACUAUCUAUCCAUGGUUAUAAAAACAUUACUUAUUGAGUCCUUUCCUCUUGAGGUUUAUAAUUCUGUGUCAGAUGGUUAGAAAGAAGGUCUGGGCAUUGUUUUCAGUAACAAAAACACAGGUGAUGCAGUUCCAUGACUUUAUGCACCAACAUGUCUCAAUGCAUCUGUGUGAAGACAGGGAUCUUUUCUUUCUUAUUUUUAUUUAAUUCUAAAAAAAUGUCUUUCCUCCCAAGUGUGAAACAAACUCUAUACUGUUCGCUGCCCCACAAAAUUAAAGAAGCACAUGCAUUAUGCGUGCUUGUGAACUGGAAUUAUUGACUAACUCCAAGCAUAUUUAUUUAUUUAAUGAAAUGUACUAAAAAACAUUUUUAAGCAUAGCCCUUAUGCAUGUCAAUGAAUGUUUUUGUUAUUUUGUUUUUUCACUGCAGAUUGCCUGAGACUCAGACCUAGAGUCCACUAGUCUCUGUGGGUUUAUUACAGAUAGUGAAACAUUAAUAGAGAGAUAGGAUGAAGAAGAAGAAUGUCCACAACCCCUUUUUCUCACUUGGGGGCAAAAGUCUUUGGUUUGUUGAACAUUAAUGUAUACCACCCACAUGUAAAGUCUGGACAGAAUAAAAACAAAUACAGUUCUUCAACUAUAUACACAUAUUACAGUUUAAUUCGAUUUCAUAGGGUCGUGCAGAAUUUUAACAAAACUAUUGACAAAGUCCAAUAGACCAGCUCUUAACUGUGUUUUUAGAUCUGUGUGUGCGCCUGAUAUUUUUAAACUCUUUCAAAGUCAGUGACAUGAAAUGAUCAACAUUUAACUUCUAAGUGUAAAAAAGACUAUUUGAAACUUGGCAAAUAGUCUUUUGAAUGAAUGACGUGUGAGUCUACCGAUGUGCUUUUGGAUUUUAAGUCUGCAUUGUAUUUUAGAUUAUUAAACUGUUAGUUAGGGAGUAAAAAAGUCUGAGUGCAUUUAAUGAAGGAUGACAUUCAUCACGCAACAGUAGCUCUGAUGCUUGCCAGAACCUUUCUAUUACCAGGCUGGUAAUUCAGUUUCUUAGACUAGUGGGAAAAUCAUGAUAGAAGCAACUUGGACCCUGUACUUCACUGCAACUCCCUGUAAUGUUUUGUUUGAUGUAUGAUAUAUGAUCCAUUAUAUUGAUCCGCUUAAGUAUCUACAAACUAGACCUUCCUAACUUUCAGUUGUAAUAUGGUGCUUCCUCUACCCACAGCAAACUUAUAUUUAUUUUCAUAUCUCUAACACUGACUGCUGCAAGUGAUUAUUCCACACAGAGACCAGGGUUACUGCAUGUGGAGUUACAGGUUAGACACAACCUUACAUUUUAAUGAAUGUGUUUUAUGAUUAAAACAAAUAAAUAUUUGAUUAACAUACA